UCAAGUGCAUGUGGCAACUCAGCCCAGCUCCGGGUGGAAACCGGCGGGGCUGCGGAGGGUCUCGAAGGCCCCGGGAGCUGUCAAGGCUGCGGCGGGGACAGAAGAGGAUCGCGGCGCGGGCGGCAGGGGGGAAACACCCACAACUUUCCACCUCAGCCGCAGCUCUUUCAGCCGCUGCGCAUUUCCUCCGAAACCACAGCUGCAGAGCAACCAAGUGCAUGGGGCGCAACACUUCCCCUUGUUGUGGGAAGUAAAGAAGCCUUCUCUCCCCACCUUUUUCUUGUCCUUUCCUUUCGGCUUGUUCUGGGAGCCUUUUCCUUCGGAGCAGCCGCCGUCCCGCGUCUGUCGUGCGCUCGGAGCAGGGAAAGUCCAUCAGCUUGAUAAUGGAGAACAGUGACUCCACGGAGAACCCCCAGCAAGGCCAGGGGCGGAGUAAUGCCAUGAAGUGUGGGUGGCUGAGGAAGCAAGGAGGCUUUGUCAAGACCUGGCAUACCCGCUGGUUUGUGCUCAAGGGAGAUCAGCUCUAUUAUUUCAAAGAUGAAGAUGAAACCAAGCCCUUGGGUACUAUUUUUCUGCCUGGAAAUAAAGUCCUUGAACAUCCCUGCAAUGAAGAGAGCCCAGGGAAAUUCCUUUUUGAAGUAGUUCCAGGAGGCGAUCGAGAUCGGAUGACAGCAAAUCAUGAAAGCUAUCUCCUCAUGGCGAGCACCCAGAAUGAUAUGGAAGACUGGGUGAAGUCUAUCCGCCGAGUCAUAUGGGGACCUUUUGGAGGAGGCAUUUUUGGACAGAAACUGGAAGAUACUGUCCGUUAUGAGAAAAGAUAUGGGAACCGUCUGGCUCCAAUGUUGGUGGAGCAGUGUGUGGACUUUAUCCGACAAAGGGGACUGAAAGAAGAGGGUCUCUUCCGACUGCCAGGCCAGGCUAAUCUUGUUAAGGAGCUCCAGGAUGCCUUUGACUGUGGAGAGAAGCCAUCAUUUGACAGCAACACGGAUGUACACACAGUGGCAUCACUUCUUAAACUGUAUCUCCGGGAACUCCCAGAACCGGUCAUUCCUUAUGCGAAGUAUGAGGAUUUUUUGUCAUGUGCCAAACUGCUCAGCAAGGAAGAGGAAGCAGGGGUUAAGGAAUUAGCACAGCAGGUGAAGAGUUUGCCAGUGGUCAAUUACAACCUCCUCAAGUAUAUUUGCAGGUUCUUGGAUGAAGUGCAGUCCUAUUCGGGAGUUAACAAAAUGAGUGUGCAGAACUUGGCCACUGUCUUUGGCCCUAAUAUCCUGCGCCCCAAAGUGGAAGAUCCUUUGACCAUCAUGGAGGGCACUGUGGUGGUCCAGCAGUUGAUGUCAAUGAUGAUUAGCAAACAUGAUCGCCUCUUCCCCAAAGAUGCAGAACUGCAAAGCAAGCCCCAAGAUGGAGUGAGCAACAACAACAACGAAAUUCAGAAGAAAUCCACCAUGGGUCAGCUACAGAACAAGGAGAACAAUAAUACCAAGGACAGUCCUGUUAGGCGGUGCUCUUGGGACAAGUCCGAGUCUCCCCAGAGAAGCAGCAUAGAUAAUGGAUCCCCCACAGCUCUAUCAGGCAGCAAAACCAACAGCCCAAGGAACAGCGUUCACAAGCUGGAUGUCUCUAGGAGCCCUCCUCUCAUGGUCAAAAAGAAUCCUGCCUUCAAUAAGGGCAGUGGGAUAGUCACCAAUGGGUCCUUCAGCAGCAGUAAUGCAGAGGGUCUUGAGAAAACCCAAACCACUCCCAAUGGGAGCUUACAGGCCAGAAGGACCUCUUCACUGAAGGGUUCUGGUACCAAAAUGGGCACCCACAGCGUACAGAAUGGAACGGUGCGGAUGGGCAUCUUGAGCACCGACACACUUGGGAGCCCCAUGAAUGGUCGCAGCAUGAGCUGGCUGCCCAAUGGCUAUGUGACCCUGAGGGACAACAGGCAGAAAGAGCAAGCAGGAGAGUCAGGCCAGCACAACAGGCUCUCCACCUAUGAUAAUGUCCAUCAACAGUUCUCUAUGAUGAACUUUGAUGACAAACAGAGUGUCGACAGCGCCACCUGGUCCACUUCCUCCUGUGAGAUCUCUCUCCCUGAGAACUCCAACUCCUGUCGCUCCUCCACCACCACCUGCCCAGAACAAGACUUUUAUGGUGGGAACUUUGAGGACCCAGUUUUGGAUGGGCCCCCACAGGACGACCUUUCCCACCCUGGGGACUAUGAAAACAAAAGUGACCGGAGGAGUGUGGGCGGUCGAAGUAGUCGUGCCACCAGCAGCAGUGACAACAGUGAGACUUUUGUGGGCAACACCACCAGCAACCACAGUGCACUGCACAGUUUAGUUUCCAGCCUGAAACAGGAAAUGACCAAACAGAAGAUAGAGUAUGAGUCCAGGAUAAAGAGCUUAGAACAGCGAAACUUGACUUUGGAAACAGAAAUGAUGAGCCUCCAUGAUGAACUGGAUCAAGAAAGGAAAAAGUUCACAAUGAUAGAAAUCAAAAUGCGAAAUGCCGAGCGAGCAAAAGAAGAUGCAGAGAAAAGAAAUGACAUGCUUCAGAAAGAAAUGGAGCAGUUUUUUUCCACGUUUGGAGAGCUGACAGUGGAACCCAGGAGAACCGAGAGAGGAAACACGAUAUGGAUCCAGUGAGCCUGCUUUCUCCCUCUGUCUCCGAUGGAUCUGGGAAGGAGUCUGGGGGUCCCGGUGGGAAUAUUGUAUGGGAUCAGGUGGCUGGUCACCUGGCUGUACAGUGCUGUAACUGGUGAAGGAAUAUCAUUUAUAGACAUUAACCAUCUAUAUCUGCAAUGUGUACCAAAGUUAUAUCAUGCCCCAUAAUGCUACUGUCAAGUGUUACAACUGGAUAUGUGUAUAUAGAGUAGUUUUUAAAAAGUAGACUAAAAAUAAGAAGCAUAUCUCAAGAAUUA